GUUGUGUAAGAAGUAGUUUUCUUAGAAAAAAAAUGUUAUAAUAUUUAAGGCUAUGAUUACAAUUAAUACUAAACAUAACUAACAGUUUUUCGAAAUGAAAUUACUGAGUAUCUUUAAAAAACGCAUCAAUUUCUUCUUAAAAUCGUUAUUUGUGAUAUCAUUCUUUUUCAUUUUGUACCAGAGCCUUAUAUUUAUGCAAUUGGUGAAAACACAGAACCAUUCCUUAAAUCUUAUUAGAGGAACACAUGAAUAUCAACAAGCAAUGUACAAAGCAGAUGAAAAAGGUCAAUUUACAUGCAUAACGAGUUUUGAGAAAAUUGACUUUAGUUAUGUGAAUGAUGACUAUUGUGACUGCUUAGAUGGUUCUGAUGAACCUGCAAACAAUGCUUGUCCAAAUGGUCAGUUCUUCUGCAGAUCUCAAGCUGAUGUUCCUAAUUUUAAAAAGAUUGUGUCUUCAAGUAAAGUAAAUGAUGGCAUUUGUGACUGUUGUGAUGGGUCUGAUGAAUGGUUAGGGAAAGUAUUGAAUUUUGCUCUGCCUAAACACACUCAAGAAAAAUUGGGAAGGUAUUUUGCUCCAUGUCCAAUCAUUUGCUGAAUUCUGCUUGUUAUUAAUAGAGAGUACUGUAAAUAGUUCUGUUUAAAUUGUGAUAAGUUAGAGACUCUUUAAUACUAACAGUUUUUAUACCAUUAAAUUGAUUGAUAAAUUU